UGCUCCCACCUCCUCGUCAAAGAAUUUCUUCCUUUUGUCAAGUUGGAAUAUUAAAACUUUUAGCAAAAUAUGACUUCUUGAGGAUUUCAAAGACUUCUUUUGGAUGUUUUUGAAAGGUAGAUAGCACUUCUUAGUGAUAAUAUACAUUCUGGUGAUUCCACGUUUGGCAGGAUCCAUAACUGAAGGUACUAAUUUCGACGCAUGAAUCGUCCUGAACAUGUGAUAUUCUAUUAAGCGAUGAUCAUUACCAAGCAAAGAAACGAUAUAGUAAGCGGUGAUUUUAAAACGUACAGCAUUCAUUGAAACAUUUUUCAAGAUUGAAGUCUGUCAAACAGGUCUGCUAUAACACUGUACGAAAUAACAAGAUUAUUUGAGAGCGCAACAUAAUACUGUAGGCCAAGUUUCUGUUAGAUUAGAAAGCUAGAAGUGCAUUAAAUUCAGAUAUCUGAUAAACUACGAGCACAGAAUUUCCUGCGGGUUUCGUAUAUAAUAGAGAAAUAUAAUUCUUCCAAGACCAGAUAUGAGAGAGCUUGAGGCCAUAGACUAGAUACUGGAUAAAUAAAAAGAGAAACGCAUAUCAAAUUCAGAAAUCGCAAAACAAGAAAAUUAAAAUUCCACAAAGAACAAAUCUAGAACUUAACAGAAGGUUAACAUUGUACCAGAGUUGAAAAUAAGCAUACUAAAAGAAGUAAAAUUUUAUAAAAGACCGAAUAUCAGGCAUACAGCAAGGAUAAAGUACUACCAGAACCACAAACCUGACAAAACAGAAAGUGUGAAUUCCAGUAACGCUAGAUAUCGGGGUUAAAAGAAGGAUAAAAUUUUUCUACCAGGGACAGAUGUCGGGAAAAGAAUAUAAGGCAAACAGAUUAAAGUCUUCAAUAUCACGAGACCAAUAAAUCAUGAGUUCAAAAUUUAGAAUUCCAACAAGAUUUAAUAGCGAAGAGAUUAGCAAAGACGAAUGAAAACCAGUUAUCAGUUAUAAUAGAUAGCAUCCAAUAAUAGGAUCAAUUAGAAGGCCAAGAUUUCUGUUGGCAACAGAAUGUAUCGUGAUAAAAAAUAUCGAAGGGAUUAGAAGAAUAAAAUUCCACCAAAAGAAAAAAAGUAAAAGAUUAAAUGGUCAGAAUUUCAGCAAGAUGGUAAAUGCAGAAGUGAUUAGAGGGACAGAAUUCUAUAAUCUUUAGAAUUAGAAAGAAAGCAUUCGAUAACAGUAAAGAUUAGAAGGAAACUUGAAAGAUUGCAAGAACUCAUAUCAGAAAGAUAGAAUUUCAAUAAGAUUUGAGUAUUAGUGAGAUUAGAAGGCCUUAAUAACUUAAUAAUAAAUAUCACCAGGAAUUGGCAUAGGAGAAAUUAAAGAAGUAGAAUUCGAGAAGGAUCCAGAUACUGCACAGAAUACAUAAGCAAAAUUCCGCAAAGAUUAUUGAUUGCUGAUUAUUCUCUAACGGAAUGUGUGCGUCUGCUUCUGAAAUGAAAUCUUUGUCAACUCCACUGAACAGAAUUCAUGUAAUACACAUAGAUACUGAGCAGAAAGAACGUAUAAAGAGUAAACAACACUUUCAAAUAAUCUAUUAUACUCAGAAGAGUUUGAUCAACCAAAUAUCCACAAAUACUGACUGGCAAACCAAGCUGAUAAUAAUCAAUACUGUUAAAACCUGAAGAAACUUGAAAAGGUUUAACAAUACAUACCACUGGCACUUUGAAAUGAUACACCAGGCACGAACAUUUUGGAAUAACAGCAGGAGGUGCAAUCUGUGCUUUGAAAGUGUAAUAAUAAAUGUGAGUGGUACUUCAAAAUGAUACUAACAAUGUUUAGUAAUUCGAAACAAAAGCAGACAUGACUGGCAAUUCUAAAAGAUAAUUAUAAGCGUAACUCAUAAAAUAAAUAUAACCAGAAUUUAAACAGCAAUAAUAAAUAUAUCUGACCUUUCGAAACGAUAAUAAGUAUAACUAUGACCUGAUUGGAACUUCGAAAUAGUAUUAUAAUUACUACUGGUACAUCGAGAUGAUGAUAAUAAUCAUUAUGUUGGAUACUUAAGAAUGAUAAUAAUGAAUAUAAUAUGAUCUUCAAAAUAAUGAUAAUAAAUCUGACUUCCGCUCCGAAAUGGUAAUAAAUAUGACUGGCACUUAGAAAGAAAUGACGGUAAUUAUGCCUAAUACUUCAAAAUACAACCAGCACUUCAGACUAAUGAUAAGUUUUCCUGUCAUAUCAAACGAUAGCAAAAGCAUGCCACAGGCACAUCAAAACGAUCAUCUCCUUCGGAGGAUGACCAGAUUUUCCUCAAAACAUACAACGAAAACCUAAAAUCUCCAUUUGGAGGUAUUGUUAGACAAAAGGACUUGACAACGACUAUCAUCUGCCGGUCUUAUGUGGGCUGUGAUCAUGUUGUCCCGCCUCAACACGUCUUCGGAGGUGUCCAUCUUGCCGACGGGUUUGGGCAACCACUACACGUCCAGCAGCAGACACCUUAUCCCUCCCGGCAGAAGAAGGUACCCUUAUAACCACUCAAUCAGUAGCAACUCUGACUGCCACGUGGGGGAUCCGAAUGCUCCAGAGGCAAAUAUGAGUUUCCGAGAACACCAAGAAUACUUUGGACCCGACGUCCUGGUCAUCAUUGGCCUAGUCUUAGCCUGUUUUGGAGCCAUACUGACACUUAUAAGUUUCUACUGCCAGUUCAAGCAUCCCGCUAUUCAGGCCACGAUGGCCGGGAUCGGGCCCUCCUUAGUGGGAAUCGGAAUGCUCUUCUGUGUUCUAAGGCUUUUUUUCUGCACAUUCUGCAUCAGUAGGACGUGCUGCGAGUGCAUCGCAGAUGGGUUACGAUUCUUGGUCAUACGUUGCCCCUGUACCAAGUGCUUCAAAAAGUCCAAAAAGAAAAUCCAUCCCUUGCAGGUCAAAGAGACCAAUGCCCUCAAAGCUGUCGCUAACGGCCAAGUAUCCAUUAAGUCCUUCAACAACUCCACGCAGACCAAAAUAGACUACGGAAUGAAUAAUUACUACAGUAACAACAACGACAAGAGCCACAACGUUGUCCCCGCCAGGGCCCAAGAAGCCACGAAAACAUCUUCCAUCGAGAUGACAUCACUACCAACGCGAAUGGAUCCCAUCAAGGAGGCUGAAGAACAACAGAGGACGCCCAGUGUACACGCAGAGGAGAAAGAUGAUAGUAUAACCGAAGUGAGAGUGGAUUCGACGAAUUUGGAAGAACCACAGAAGGUAGAAGAUGAUAUUAUUAAGGAUGAAAUUGAACUGUUGGAAGAGAUGAAAUCUGAAGGUUCACCAGAAUCCAAUAAGAGCCUCAAUAAGAAUAUCAAUGAUCUCGUUUUGAAAACUACACCGAAAUAUUAAUAAAAAUUUACCAGUUAUAAAGACACGAUAUACAGAGGAAAGAGCGCGCAAAACUGUAAGGUAUUACAUUCACUAGAGAACGUUUUUAACUUCAGUUCUUGUAAUGGAAGAGCCAUGGACGGUCAUGGGUCAUGCGUGAGUCAUUUCUUGCUGAUCAUGAUACCAGCAAGUGACCAGUUACUUGUGACCAGGGAACAAUAGUAUGACUUUUGCCAAGCUGUAUUUCAAUCUCAUCUAGAAAAUUUUAGGAAACAGAACCAUAUAGAAAGAAGGUAUGCAACACUAUUCUAAGUUUAUCAUAACAGAAACUAUCUUUACCUAACUCAUAAAUCAGGACAUUUAAAGAUGGCUAGGAUAAUAGGAUAAUUUACUCAGUGAUCUCUCAUGCAAAGAUAAUGAUAUUAUUUUGGCCGUCUCUCGUAUUACUUGCAUUGCAAUGGAAGUUCGAUAUUGUCAGUCGUGGCUGAUUCUUAAUCAGAAUAAUAAGCAAGCAGGAAGUACGUUUUAGUGAGCUACUAGAAAGGGUGUUAUACAUAUGCAGGAAGUACCUCGAUUGGUAAAACAAAGGACUAUCUUUAAGAGUUUGGCGAAGAAUUUCAGAUAGAAAAGUUUUACGGAGAACAAUGUUUGUUAAAUGUUUGUCAUGUAUAAACAUGUAUAGACUUGCUCUGACACAUUCCCAGUAUAAUCCAUCUUUAACACCCGGUGUCUUCCACGGUGGUCCGAGAAUGAAUGUGAAACCAACAAAACAUUUUAUUUAAAAAUGGGGGAAAUAUCCUUGCAGAACACCGAGAAACAUUUAUAGCAGUGCAAAAGAGAGUAUUAGUUUGAAUGUUUGCAGGUAUAUAGCAUACCACGUUUUUAAUCACUCUUUGCUUCCGGUUCAUAUUUAAAUGCUUUUGAACCAUAACGUUUAGGUUUUUCAUGAGUUCCACAACUUGGGAAAUAACCUUUGAUAAGUGCCAUGAAAACAAAGCUUUCCUACGUGCUUCAGAUUUUAACCUUGCUUGAGUUUAACGAAGCUUUAUGGUUCAGUUUACUAAUGAAGGACGAGGUUUUUAGUUUCUAGCUAUUGUUUAAUGUGACGUGAAUUACAGAUUUAUUUCUCGUGCAAGCAUAUGAAAAUUGCCGCGUUUGUAUUUGUAUAUAUAAUCAUUGCGACACGACAAUUAGCCAGAAAUUAAUUAAUUUCCAUUCACUAGUAUUUUUAAAAAAAUCUUAAUAGACGGUCUCUCUCAGAUAAGAACUC